CCCAAUCAUUCACUUCCUUCUGAUUCUUGAGAGGAAGGAGGAGGAGGAGGCGGAAUGGAGGAGGAUGUGAUCGAGGAAGCAAGUGCACGUUUGACGAGGUCGGAGUCCAGGUGGGUAGAUGGCAGCGAGGUGGACUCUGAGUCGCCGCCGUUGUCACUCCAAGAAGCGUGGAGCACGAUGCAUGAGGGCUCACCCAGUGGGGGCUCGUUCCGGAGAAGGUUGUCUAAGAAACCUAGGAGAGUUGAUUCCUUGGAUGUUGAGGCUAUGGGCAUCGCCGCCUCCCAUAAGCAUGGCCCCAAGGAUUUACCACUUUGGGGUGUGUUUGCAAUGGCAUUUCAAACUCUUGGUGUGGUCUAUGGUGACAUGGGCACAAGCCCUUUAUAUGUCUUCAGUGAUGUAUUCGCCAAGGUUCCUAUAAAAUCAGGAGAUGAUGUCUUGGGAGCUUUAUCAUUGGUUAUGUACACAAUUGCGCUCAUUCCUUUUGCAAAAUAUGUCUUUAUAGUGCUGAAAGCUAAUGAUAAUGGAGAAGGUGGCACCUUUGCAUUGUACUCUUUGAUUUGCAGGUAUGCAAAAGUCAGUUUACUUCCAAAUCAACAGCAAGCUGAUGAAGAUAUUUCCAGCUUCAGACUGAAGAUACCAACUCCUGAGUUGGAAAGGGCACUUUACAUAAAAGAUAAAUUGGAAAAAAAUUCUUUGUGGAAAACACUUCUCUUACUACUGGUUUUGACUGGAACAUCAAUGAUAAUCGGAGAUGGUAUUCUUACUCCAUCAAUGUCUGUAAUGUCUGCAGUCAGUGGUCUUCAAGGUGCUGUUCCUGGAUUUAACACAGAUGCAGUUGUUCUUGUCUCAAUAUUGAUUCUGAUUUGCCUGUUUUCCAUACAAAGAUUUGGAACUGGCAAAGUUGGUUUUUUGUUUGCUCCUGCUCUGGGACUUUGGUUCUUCAGUUUGGGUUCCAUUGGAAUAUACAACAUGUUGAAGUAUGAUCUCUCUGUGUUAAGAGCAUUUAAUCCAGCUUAUAUCUUUGUUUUUUUCAAGAGGAAUGGAGUAAAAGCAUGGUCAGCUCUUGGUGGUGUUGUGUUGUGCAUUACAGGAGCUGAGGCUAUGUUUGCUGAUCUAGGCCAUUUCUCUGUAAUAUCCAUUCAGAUUGCCUUCACUUGUGUUGUAUUCCCAUGUCUUCUUUUAGCUUACAUGGGCCAAGCUGCAUAUCUUAUGAAAAGUCCUAGUUCAGUAGAGAGGAUAUUCUACGAUUCUGUACCAGAUAUCUUCUUCUGGCCAGUAUUUGUGAUAGCCACCCUUGCUGCCAUGAUUGCAAGUCAAGCCAUGAUCUCAGCAACCUUUUCCUGCAUAAAGCAGUCUAUGGCUCUUGGUUGCUUCCCCCGGUUAAAAAUAGUUCAUACAUCUAAACGAUUCAUGGGCCAAAUCUACAUUCCUGUCAUCAACUGGUUCCUGAUGAUCAUGUGCAUUGCUGUUGUUGCCUCUUUCAGAAACACUACUGACAUAGCUAAUGCAUAUGGCAUUGCGGAAGUGGGUGUGAUGCUGGUGAGUACCACAUUAGUCACAGUGGUGAUGCUUCUCAUAUGGCAAACAAACCUGUUCUUGGCCCUCUGCUUCCCGGUGAUAUUUGGAACGAUUGAACUCAUUUACUUAUCUGCUGUCUUAACAAAAAUAAUGGAAGGUGGAUGGCUGCCACUUGUUUUUGCUUCCUGUUUUCUAUGUGUUAUGUACACAUGGAACUAUGGCAGUGUAUUGAAAUACAAGAGUGAGAUGCGGGAAAAGAUUUCGAUGGACUUCAUCCUUGAGCUUGGAUCCUCACUUGGCACUGUUAGAGUCCCGGGAAUCGGACUUGUCUACAAUGAGUUAGUUCAAGGUAUCCCAUCGCUCUUUGGGCAAUUCCUAAUCAACCUCCCUGCAAUUCAUUCCACCAUCGUAUUUGUUUGCAUCAAGUAUGUUCCUGUCCCAAAAGUUCCACAGGAAGAAAGGUUCUUAUUCCGAAGAGUAUGCCAAAAGGAUUUCCAUAUGUUCCGUUGCAUCGCUCGGUAUGGAUACAAGGAUGUCAGGAAAGAGGACCCUCACAUAUUUGAGCAGCGUUUGGUCGAUAGUCUCGAGAAAUAUUUGAGACGGGAAGCCCAAGAGCUUGCACUUGAAGUAAGCUCGGUUGAGCUAAGUUUGGACAACAUGUCAGCAAGUUCCUCAGACCGAAUUGUCCAACAUGGAAUAUUAGAACUCCAAGUUCCGUUACUGUCAGAUCAAAGGUCAGAAGUUGCUAGUUCUAGCAUUUCUGGUCCUGAUUGUCACCUUUCAACACUUCCAUCUAGUGCCGUGCCUUCAGAUGAGGAUCCCAGUUUGGAAUACGAACUCUCUGCUCUCCGAGAAGCUAUGGAGUCAGGAUUCACAUAUCUACUGGCACAUGCCGACGUGAGGGCGAGGAAGGAGUCUGUUUUUCUCAAGAAACUAGUCAUAAAUUAUUUCUAUGCUUUUUUGAGGAGGAAUUGCAGGGCAAGUUUUAGUGUCCCACACAUGAAUAUCAUCGAAGUCGGAAUGACAUACAUGGUUUGAACUAAAACUUGGUUCUCAACCUUCUGCUUCAUUAUUAUAUCUGAUUUUUGUAAAAAAGGUGCCAGGAGUGUAGGCAAGAUAAGAUGCCUUGUAAGAACCUCCUGGGAGGAACAACCGAACCUGAUUGUGUGUAGAUUUGUAGUGUAUUAUUAUUAUGACUAUAGUAUAAUGUGAAAACAAUGC